GCCCGUGCGUGUGCCGCCAACGCGUCGCCCGACGACGACGGACGUGAUAUUAUUAUUAUUAUUGUUGUUGUUGUUGUUGUUGUGCAAAAGGUGCGCGCGCCUUCGCGUACGUAAUGCGUGUGCCGAUUAACGGCCGGGCGACGUUGCGCGGACGUGUACGUGUUUGCGAAUCGAUGACGGGUGAUGGGGGAGAACGAUCGGGUAACGAUAGGAAUAAAACAGUAAUAAUCGGCUCGCUACCUCGCUUCGCUGGAGGGAGGACGCUCGCUGCGGGCGGUGAGAGCGAGAGAGAAAACGGACGGGAGAAAAAGUGGUAGAAAACACCGCGUCGUCGUCGUCGUCGUCCCACGUACCGGUGGACGGUCGGGUGCGGGGCGCGGAACGGAUGACGGUAUCAUCCGCGCGCGGGCGCCUCGGUGCGCCCGGGGGAGAUUUCGACGGCGAAACGUUUCGACACGCCGUCGACCGGGGCGCAACGACCGUUGACACAGUGACGACCGGUUCCACACCCUUUAGCGCGCAACGAUAGUCUACCGUCGACAUCUUAUCGAUUAUAUUUUUUCAACACCGUAUAAGAAAUCGAAACUUUAUCGUUAUUUGCCACGAUUACUGUUAUAAUAUCCAGAUAACUUCUAAAAUGAAAAACACUUUUUGCUUGUUCGUAUGUUAUACCCGUGACACUACAAUAAAAUAUUACUCGUACAACAGAUCGCCAAAUAAAAGAAUAAUCCAGUAUAAUAUAUUACAUUUACAUGACGUAAAUUAAAUAAUACCACUAAUAUUUUCAAACGGUAAAAAUAACUUUUGUCUAAAAUAUAGACUCCUGUUUAGAAAAUAUAAAAAUUAUAACAACAAUUCCAGCUACGAGUAGGUUGUACGUAUUUAUGCUGAUGUAUGCAUCAUGUUAAUCGAGUUGUCUUUUCAAAACCACAAUAACGAUUUAUCAUGUGUUCUGUAAUUAUUUGUGAGUUUUAUAUCAUAAUACGACUCUUGGAUCACGAUCAAAGAUUUAAGAUUGACCAUUGAUUUGUAUGCUAGAUAAAAAAAAAGUGUUAAAACAAUAGAUAACUAAGAUAAUAACAAUAAAUCUUGUAUUAAGAACGAGAAAAAAUAUAAUUCAAUUUCCGAUGUAGGAUUAAAUUAUACGUUUGCAUUGCACGCAAUCUGUGCUAUCGUCGUGUAUUGUUGUACAAACGAUUGAUAAGACAUGUUGAUAGUAAAGGUUGGCGCGCGCAUGCGCGUGUGGAUACUACAACUAGCUGCAACGAUCCGCUCGUCUCGUACGAAUACAUGGAUAGAUAUCGAAUUAUCUCUGGGAACCGGUUGCGCGGCAAUUCGCCGACUAUGGAGUGCGGCGAGACGCAACUUAUAUGUCGCCGCCGCUGCCGCUUUAGCGAGGAAUCCGGACGUCAAACGUUGUGGAAGAUUCGAAAACGAAGAAAAUGACUUCGUUUGCCGGUGCUCCGACCGACGAGGAAGUCGAACGGUUCAACGUAUGUUUACUGGAAAUGAUUGUCGAAGGCAUGCUUCCGUUCGACGUCGUCGAGAACAGAGGUUUGCGGAACUUGAUCGAACACCUCGGUCCUCGGUACACGUUGCCCACCCGGAAAACCGUUGAGUGCACCCUGAUUCCCGGACUGUACGAGAACAUAAUGUCCGAAGUCGCCGAGCUUAUUUCAAACGCCAAACACGUUGCGGUAACAAUUGAUAUCUGGACGUACACUAACAGCGAUCCGUAUGUAACCGCGACCGCUCAUUUCAUCGAUACCAAUAUACGUUACAGGCCACUCGUUUUAUCUACUAAAAAGCUGAUAGCCAAUUACACUGCCAAAUACUUGUCCGAAGUUUUAUUGGAAAUAUUUCAAUGGUGGAAUAUUGAAAAAAAAAUUUCUGUUAUUAUAGCUGACCCCAAAGCUGUUAUUAAGAGUGCAAUACAAUUACUAGGCAUUGAAUCCAUCCCGUGUACAGGCCAUUCCUUAAAUAACGUUAUUAAUAAUUCCCUGAAAUUAGAUGUAAACGAAAAUGAUCCAUUGGCAAAUGUGAAUUCGUACCAAGUUCAAAUAAUAAAUUUAGUAAAACUAUGCCGUUCUAUUGCUAAAUAUUUCAAAUUCAACCAAAUACCAAGAAGACUAUUGAGAGAAAAACUGAAAGAGUUGAAUUAUACUGUUUUGAAAUUAAAGCUAGAUGAUUCAUCUAAGUGGAAUAGUACAUUGGUUAUGAUGGAACGUUUUCUUAAGAUCAAAAAACCACUUACCUCUCUUUCUUUGUUAAUCUUACGAUGUCCACAAAUGCCAACUACUGAGCAAUGGACAAUCAUGGAAGAUCUAGUGAUGUUGUUAAAGCCUUUUGAAAUGAUGACAAUGCAGCUGACUGAGGAUCAUAGACCAACCCUGGGAAUUAUUAUUCCAUUAAUAAGAGGUCUUCUACUUUCACUGGAAAAUAGAACACCAAAAACAUCCAGUGGAACAUUUUUGAAGGAGACUCUGAUUUGUAAUGUCAUGAAAGUGUUUGGUUCAUUUGAAUUGAUGCAGCCAUCAUCCUACUACGCUAAAGCAACAAUAUUAGACCCUCGGUUCAAAAAAGCCGCUUUCACGUCGAGCUCACAAUCGGACAAUGUUGAGCUAAAUAUAGUAUAUGAAGUCAACGACUUACUAAAAAUCAAAAAGGAAUGUGAUACUGCUACAAUUGAUAUUGUCACCACUAGUCAACAAACAACAGAUUUUACAAAUAGUACAGAAAAUUUACUAGACUAUUUACAAGACAAGGUGACAACUAUUUGGUCAAAAUCAAAUUGUACAAAUACUACUGCUGUUACAUUAAUAAAACAGUACAUGGAUUUAACAUACUUGAACUUAUUAGAGGAUCCUAUUCAAUUUUGGAAAACCCAUAAUUCUUUAUUAGGCCCUUUAUCAGAUGUGGCGUUGAAAUAUGCUUGUAUUCCUGCUUUGUCAGUAUCAUCAGAAAUAAUGUUUUCUAGAGCUGGAAAAGUUGAAAUCCAACGAAAAAACAAGUUAUCACCUAAAGACAUAGAUACUAUGAUUUUCCUAAAUAAAAAUAUAGGAAAAUAAUUUUAUUUUAGUAUUUUAUAAUUGUUGCCAACCAAAUUUUUUAUCAUUGAUU